AAAGAUCACCAGCAAGCUUUCCUUUUCAACUUUUUGUGGAGCCUAGAGUUUGUGGAAAUGCACUCCUUUUAACUUAAAUAUAUCAUCUAUUUUGGCACUUGCCUCCUCAUCGUUCCAUAACUCGAUGCACUAUUUGAAAUUAAUAAUAAUAGAGAUUUGCCAAGUUCUCUAGUGGAGAAGAUCAAGAUCAAGAGCUAUGGGAUCAAGUUUAUCUGUGUUAGCUUCAAUUGCGAUUCUUCGUAGUUCAUUCAAUGAGUUCGUUCCUCAAGAACUGCGAAGUUACUUGUUGGAAUUCAGUCGCCGUUUCUCGUCGGAGCAUACCGUAGUUGUUAAAGAAUCACACGAAGGAUCAACAAACCAUCUCUUCAAUGCAUUAGUUACAUAUCUUGGCAGUAAUGCUUCCUGUACUUCCUCUGCCUCUGGUCCUCGACGUCUCACUGUUGGGAAGAACGAGAGCAUGAAGGUUCUAACUUAUGGUCUGGACAGGAACUCAGAGAUUGUUGAUGAUUUUCAUGGUGUUCCCAUGAAGUGGGCAUACUAUACUGAUUUCAACUCCGCACUUCAUUAUGAGUUGAGAUGGUAUGAGCUUCGGUUUCACAAGCGAUAUAUUGAUAUGGUCAAGAACAAGUAUCUGCCUUACAUUCUUGAAAUGGCGAAGAAAAUUAAGGAUCAAAAUAGGGUUGUGAAGUUUUUCACUACUCGUGGAGGGAGAGACGGCUGGAGCUCUAAAGGGAUCAACCUGGAUCAUCCCAUGACAUUUAAAACGCUAGCCAUGGAUGGAGACCUCAAGCAGAAAGUGGUUGAAGAUCUUAAUAGCUUCAUUCGGGGCAAGGAGUAUUACAAGAAGAUUGGUAAAGUAUGGAAGCGAGGUUACUUAUUAUAUGGUCCUCCAGGAACUGGGAAAUCAAGCCUGAUAGCUGCCAUGGCCAAUUUUCUUAACUUUGAUAUUUAUAACUUGAACCUGUCUGCUGUUAACUCUGACUCUUCUCUUGAGUAUUUGUUGCUUCAUAUGUCCAAUCGUUCAAUUCUUGUGCUGGAGGAUAUCGACUGCUCCAUCAUGCUGCAAAACCGUCAAGCAGGAGAUCAUCAACCAGAUAAUAAUAACCAAAUUUCUCGGCCUCAGGUAACACUCUCUGGCCUUCUAAAUGCCAUUGAUGGCCUACUGUCCUGCUGUGGAGAUGAAAGGAUUAUAAUUUUCACUACCAACUACAAAGAUCGCAUUGAUCCUGCCUUGCUAAGAGCAGGUCGUAUGGAUAUGCACAUAUACCUAUCUUACUGCACAUUCUCCACCUUCAAGCAGCUAGCAGCCAAUUACUUGGAUCUAUGGGAGCAUGAUCUCUUUAGUUGUGUUGAAGAGCUUAUUAAAGAAGUUGAAGUUAGCCCUGCUGAUGUUGCAGGGGAACUGAUGAAGAACACAGAUCCUAUGACUUCUCUAGAAGGACUCAUCAAGUUUUUGGAAAUCAAGCAGAAAUCAGAAGCAAAAUCCUUGGAAUCACCUCCCCUAGGAUUGCAAGGACAUGAGAUUAAGUCAGAGCUUGACAGUAACAGCCUUAACGAGAAGGACAAGCACCAACUCCGAAAGUCAUGCAAGAACCCUGAUUCUGGUGAUAGCACCUUCCAAAACCAAAAAGAGGUCAAGUCUCCUGCGGCUUAUUCUACUUCAUUGAAGGAAAAAGAGUAUACAAUUAAGGCAGAAUUUCAGCCUAUCCUUGAAGCUAUUCUUUCAAAGCAUGGAGACAUUGCUGCCAAUUGCUCUUUGCACUCUCUUCAAUGCCGUUCAUCCUUCUUGGAGAUUGUUUGUGGCAUCGUCCAUACACUACAAGCAACAGAGAUAAAAAAUCUACAACUACUUGAGCUCAAGUCCAUGUUAAGUAGCAUACGCGAUCUAGAAUCUGUGGAACUGGAAGUUGGCUGGCUUCGUCAAAAGCUGAAUAAGAUUAUUCAGGCUAUGCUACCAGUUGAACAAUGUGACACACUACAGGAAUUCAAGAGUGAAAAUAUUCAAGACAUAAAGGAGAUGGGCAGAAAAGCUGAAGCCUGCAACGCAGACACAUUAACGCUACCGAAGGACACCGAAACCAUCCCAAGCACUGAUGCCAAAUUGCGUUGUUUUUCCCACAAGUCAUUGGUUGACGGGUUGCUUUGACUCCAUUUAGCAGAGAGGUCCGAAUAAAAGGGUCCCAUGGUAGCACGUGUUUGGAUUUGGCUAUUAUUACUAUUAGCCUUUUCAAGAGUAAUGGGUCCAUUUGGUAAAGAAAAUGGGUGAGUAAUUCCAAGUUUUAGCAACUGUUUUCUUGAAUAAUUUCUUGUUUGCUUUUUGACAA